GACGACCCCCCCACCACCACCACCACCACCCUCCCUCCUACCUGGAAACCAUUGGAGGACUAAGUGGAUUGAAGAAGGCAGAGAGCAAGUGAGGGAGUCAGAGAGGGAGGGAAGACAGAAGGGAUUAUCAGCUAAUCCAGUGCACGGACAAUCCGACAGGAGCCUUAUCUUUCUUCCAGGACGAUGCAGACAAAACAGUUGCUGGAUUACGGCGCUUUACUUCAUCGGCCUUUUCGAGAAAGCGUCCCCCUCCUUUUUCCUUUGCUGUGAUUGUUUUCACCCGACCGUCCAAAGGUCUGGUGCCUCGGCGACAGAGGAAGCGGAGGGGACAAAGAAGACGUAUGGCGACAGACGUGGCGCCCCAUGGACAGCGUGGUGCACACAUGGAUAAACCUCUUUAGUGGGAGACGGUGCAUGGACGUGGACCCCCCCCCUACUCUGUCUCUCUCUCUCUCUGCUGAACUUUGAGGAAGGCAAGCGCAGAGCAACUCACCGGAUGAGGAUCCUGUCCGGGGUUGAGAUCUCAUGCAUGCAGUUACUUUCUUUAACAGCACAGGAACACAGGACAUGAAUGAUUCGUCAUGCAUGUGCUUCAUCAGUGCUUGAGGACAUGCGGUGCAGGUGGGACGCUGUGAAAAACCACAGAGAACUGAGUAGCAGCUCAAACAUAAACUCAGAUACUAAUCCCUGCAAGAUAACCUGAAAGCUAAACAACAGUGAGAGGAGAAAACAGUCUAAUAUUUAUAAUAUCUGCUACUUCAAAGCUUCAUUACUAGGUUUGGGUAAAAUGCAAGUGAAAUAUAAUUUGGUUUCCUCUUAGUGUUGCAAGCAAGAGACUGACAACAAGACAGUUGUCCAAGUCUAGAUAGAUACAGAGUUAACAGAGUGUAAACAUCAGUGUGUUUCGUUGCUUUUUUCACACACACCAGCCGAGCUGUUCGGCCGAAAUCACAUCUCGGUGUAUUUGCAGUUGUGGCCGGAUUGUGCAAGUCUAAACUGUCAUUUGCUGAAGCGAAUCUGAAGGAGUUGCCCGGUCGGCCCCAAACUCUGCAGCCACAUGAGCGCUGGCACCCCGAGGAGACGGAGCGCGAGCUUGUAAUUCAUCGUCUUUGUCAUUCUGUCAUUCGUUCAUAUCGGUCGCUUUGGGAAGACGUGCAGAAGUAUCUGUGGAUAAGGAGAGGGAGAGAGAGAGAGAGAGAGAGAGAGAGAGGAGAAUGAUGGCGGGACGUAGACGGCGACUUGACUGACUCUACGUCCACACUGGCAUCUUUCAGGGUCGGUCCAAACGGGAAGCGGUUGGCCCACAGUGGAUGAAUAGUUGGCUCUGGCCGUGUGGAGAAUGGAUUAUACACACAUUCUCUGCCGACUGAACAACCACAUAUUUGUGCUUUCUGUCCUCACUGUCUUGGCAUUUUAAGUUUUUUUUUUUUUUCUCUCCCUCUGGUUUUACAGUGAACCCUUUACUGGAAUUCACAUUUGACUGACAUGUAAUCAGACGCUCUCAUUCCAGUUAAAGGGGGGAAAUUACACAACUCCUCUGCCACCAUGAGUCUGGGAAAACUGCCAGGGAUUAAGGGCCUUGUGUCUGGCUCUCAGGGGAAACGCCGGUUCAAGAGCGACCUCUCUGUAGACAUGAUCAGCCCGCCGCUGGGCGACUUCCGCCAUACAAUGCAUGUUGGCCGUGGCGGUGACGUGUUUGGUGACACUUCCUUCCUUAGCAACUACGGGGGCGUCAGGGAACCAGGAAGUCCGGACUCGGCAAACAGCUCCAAGACAAGCGGGUUCUUCACGCGCACCUUUCGCCACGUACGGAAGAACUCCGGGCCAUGUCCGCGGGGGGGCUCCCGGGACUUGUCGUCGCCGCCACCAGACAUCUCGCCCAUCAUCAAGAACGCCAUCUCCCUGCCCCAGCUGAACAUAGACUCUCCCAAUGGGUGCCUACAGAGGGUGCUGUUCCCCAGCUCUAUCAGCUCAACAGAUGACUCCUUCUGCACAUAUGGACUGCAGUCUGGAUUUGUCACUCUGCCCCGCCUCUCUCGCCUCGACAGACAGUUUCAAGAUGGAGACGCCCGGAGAGGGUCUCUACCGGACAGCGGUGGCCUGGCACUGACGCGCUCGGAUUCCCUCACCUCGUUCACCUUAGACCUCGGCCCCUCCCUCAUGACUGAGGUGCUCAGCUUGAUUGACAACACCAGCUGCCUUCACAUGUCCAAUCACAGCCAGGCAGCGGGUGAGGAAGAUGAAAGAGGAGGUGAGGAAGAUGAGGACGACGGCUCUCUAACAGAGACGCCUGUGCAGAGCCCUCGGGUGACUUCGCCCACCCCUUCCAUGUGCAACAACAGGGGGCGCUCAUGUAGCUCUAACUGGACAGAGCAGGAGGAGGACAGGAGGUCUCUGAGGACACCUGAUGCGUCCUCUGGGUCUCCUCAGAGGGCGGAGCCUGUGAUGGAGGCGGAGAGGUUCCAGAGGGCGGCUGACGUGCUGUCUCGUCAUUAUGGCGGCGGGUCCUUCACAAAGGGAACGAGGGUGAGCAACAACACACCCUCUCCUGCUUUGACCCGCAGCCGCAAAACAUCAUAUGCCUUUUCUGAAGAGGAGGAAGAGAUCAAAGUCUAGAUGUUGAAACUGUCUCUGGAACAAACUUUAUUGUUCCAAUAAAAUCAUAGAAACUUUUCAGUGAGUGUGUGAUAGUCUGUCGUUCCUCCUCCAGCCCCGGGUCUGGACUCUGGAUGUUUGAUGUUGAACCACUCUCACUGCACUGCAAGGCUUUUGACAAAUGAUUUAAAGUUUUCUAUAUGUUUGUUAUCCUUUUGCAAAUCCCAUUUGUGUUUUUGGAAAUUGUCAGAAAAAUGCAAAAACUACAAAAGAGACAUUACUGUUAAGACAGAAAUCAAACAGAAUGGAGCCACGAGACAUCACUAACUAACUAUCUGAAAUUGCUAAAACAAAUGUUUUGUAGUAAGUUAACCAUCUUACUACCAACUGCAGGAAAAAUAACACAACAGCUUUUAACACUGACUUGUAAGAAGGAUCUAAAAUUGCUUAAAGAUUGUCACAACUGCACUCAUUACACUUGUAUCUGUUUCAGACUAUUGAAGAACAAUAUAUUUUACUUUGAAUUAAAUUUUCUUUUCUUUUUGUUGUUGUUGUUGUAUGACGGCUCACUCACAAACUCAUAACAAAGAUGUAAUUACAGAAAUAAAGAUGUUCAGGUUCUGAGCGCUGAGAAAUCUGAGGAUUACUGCGGCUGUAUUUUCAUUAUGUUUCAUUAUGUUAUAAAAACUCUGUACAUGUAACAGGAUUGUUAAUCAAACAUUUACCAGUAUUAGACUCUUUUUUAAGGGACUGAUAUAAUAAAUAAAUACAGAAAUAUUG